AUGGCGAGUUGUAAAAUGCAGAUGAUUUUAGCUUUGUGCCCCUUUGUUAUGCUCGUUACAAUUCCUGCGACAUAUGGUUGGGGAACCGAUGGCCAUUCCAUCAUUUGUAAAAUUGCUCAGUCUCGGUUGAGCAAUGCAGCGGCGGAUGCCGUGAAGCAGUUGCUGCCGAAAUGGGUGGAAGACGAUCUCGCGGCCGUGUGUUCUUGGGCGGAUCGAGUCAAGUUCCGAUACCGAUGGUCGUCGCCUCUCCAUUUCAUUAACACCCCUGAAAUCUGCAGUUACCGGUACUCGAGGGACUGCACAGACGAAGAUGGAGUAGCCGACAGGUGUGUUGCUGGUGCAAUUAACAACUACACUUCUCAGCUUCUUACCUACAACUCUGCAUCGAACGAAGCUCAAUAUAACCUCACGGAAUCACUUCUUUUCCUUUCUCAUCUAAUGGGAGAUGUCCAUCAGCCAUUGCAUGUGGGGUUUGCAGCAGACAAGGGAGGCAACACCAUUGAUGUCCACUGGUAUAAAAGAAAGGCAGUUCUUCACCAUGUCUGGGAUACCAAUAUGAUCGAGACAGCUGAAGAGAGAUUUUAUGAUUCAAAUGUAGAUUCCAUGGUUGAUGCAAUUCAACAUAACAUCACGGGUGAAUGGGCAAAAGAAGUAAAAAGAUGGGAGAGCUGUAGUUUAAACAAGACAGCAUGCCCUGAUAUAUAUGCAUCUGAAGGCAUCAAAGCGGCCUGUGAUUGGGCAUAUAAAGGUGUCGAACAAAAAUCUGUACUCGAAGAUGAUUAUUUUCUGUCGCGGCUACCGGUUGUUCAUCGGAGGUUAGCCCAGGGGGGAGUCCGAUUGGCUGCAACUCUUAACCGUAUCUUUGGAUGAAAA